AUUGGACACCAUCUUCAGGAGACAGAUAAAAUGGUGAGCAUGUCCAGUAGCUUGUCUCUGCUCCUGGACUCUUUGCUGUGUUCCCUGGCUCCUCUAAUCUACCUCACUGCACAGAUACCAGAGCUCAGGAGCUGCACACAACACACACUGGUGAGAGAUACCUAGACUUGACCUCGCACACAUACACUGUAUAUUUUCCACAAGUCCUACAUACAGUGACAUGAUUGUUCUUCCAGUAAUUUAUGACUUAAGGAGGAAACACUUGUUUUUUUAAAAUCACUUUGUUGUUGUUUUUUAAGGCCUCCACUCUGGAAAACAUUGCUUAUGUGAUGCCUGGUCUGUGAGUGAUGAUGAAGACCACACUGGCCAUAUGUAGCAUGUUGUGAUAUGCUGAAAAACGCUUUAGGUUAAUUUACAUAUGGACAAUAAGAAUCAAAUAUAUUUGGUUCUAAAAGAAUAUCUGUUUUACACAUUAUUUUUGUGUUAAUUACAAGUAUAUAAGUUUACUUGAAUGUAUCAGCUUUACGUUUUUCUAUCAGUUGGUUAAUUAAAAGAUGUAUUUGAACACUAAAUUACACAACUUUUCUUCAUCAGAAUAGUGACACAGACAUCUUGUGCCUGUGUCAGUGCAGGUUGGUUAGUCUCUUGACAGUCUCUUAGUUUUAUACUUGAAUAUAAAGUUAACACAAUUUCCUCUGUAUGAUUACAUUUGAUUCAAAAAUUUUAGAGAAUUACAAGUAUGCAUUAGCUCAGUUACAGAAAUGUAGUCUCAGUGUAUUUUUUGCACCUCUGACGUGAGUCCUAGCUGAUGAUUCAUUUGACUGCACAGGAGAAAGUCAAGAUGCAGAAGCCACUAAUAAUUCAUUUCUCAUCUAAAUGUGUGAUCAUCGCAUUGUGAAGAUCUUCCAAUAACAUGUUUCAAUGUUUUCUAAGUUUUCUAAAAACAGCUUAAUGGUCAGUCUUAUUCCUUUAAUUCAGAAUUUGUACUAGUGAAUAUAUUUUCUAGAUGGGAGCCCAGAGCUCAAGCUGCAGGUGUUUGUACAUCUGUAUCUGUAAAUCUGUACCACACCAUUGAGAUCAGUCUUAAUAUAUGCUGAGAGAUACAGGGUGAUUUGAUGUGGUUUCAUAAAUUGUGAAUUCACCUAUGGUUUGUACUAUAAAUCAUUACUUUCAUUUUAUAAUGAGGUCUAUUAUUUGUCUGUAAUUGCUCAAAUUAUCAAUGAAUUCGACACCUGUGAUUUGAAAACAUUUUAUAGAUAAUACAAAGGUCCCAGACUGAAGAAUUAAAGUUCGAGGCUUCAUGGGUUUUAUAAACUAUUCAGGAUUGCAGUUGUAGCAAAGAACUAUUUUGUGAACUCUUAAUCAAUGACACACGACACAAGGUCCUAAUUACAUUAUAUAAUUGUCGUGUCUGUCUGGGCCCACAGUGCCACCUCGAGAUGGCAACUGCAGCGUAUUAGGAUAUUUACUAACCUGAAAGUCUAUAAAUCUGGAAGGACAGCUUAUUUGACAGACAUCCAUGAGUUGUGACACUUCAUGGGUGUGGUAGAUAAAACUAUGGUAGAAUGAUUCACAUGCACCCUGGGAUACACCUCCACCCCAUCUUGGAAUGCUUAGCAGGCUGCAAACAAAGAAACCUGUUGUGCACGAAAACAUCUACUUAAUGAGUGUAUUCGCGCGUGCAUGAGUUCGAAAUUGGGAGUGGUCAGACUGCCUGAAUCUCACCUGCGCAGGCAGCUUUUAGCAUUCGACUGGGAGCCGACAUGCAGAAGUUGUGUGGAUGAGACACGUAAUUCAGUGCCAUCUGAACACAUAGAGCACUCAGAGGGGACAAUACAUCAACGCAGCAUCAAAAACCUCACACAGCUCGGACCUCACACAGACUAUGAGUGAGCACUUCAGAGGUAGCUACUAUGGGUCCUCGCCCCCAGAGCUGAGGCUUGUUCUUCUGGGGAACCUUGGAUGUGGAAAGACGUCAUCAGCAGACACUAUCCUGGGCCAGCUGUCCCCCAUCUCUCCCGCCGCCUCCAGGAGCUGCCAGGUGCGACAGGGCGUCUCUGAGGGCAGGAGCGUGACCCUGGUGGAGGCGCCGAGAUGGUACUGGACAGGCGGCAAGAUGGAGGACAGUGUCAGGGGGGAGACAGAGCGAGCAAUGACCCUGGUAGCACCAGGUCCACAUGGUAUUUUGCUGCUGGUGCCAGUUAGCCAGUUCACAGAGAUGGAAGGUCGUGUGCCUGCAGAGCUGGAGGAGCUCUUUGGGAGGGAGGCGCUGGAUCACACCCUGGUCCUAUUGACUUGCGGGGACUACUUGAUGGGAAAAACAGCAGAGGAAUACCUGCAGAAAGAGCACCCAGGCCUGAGGCAGAUGAUUGAGCGCUGUGGUGGAAGGUACCAUGUCAUCAAUAAUCGCCAGCGACAGGACAGGGAGCAGGUCUGCGAGCUGCUGGAGAAGGUGGAGAGAAUGGUGCAGCAAAAUGGGGUAUACCACAUGAAAACAGCCCAGGAGAGAGAGCUGGAGAAACGAGUGAAUGACAGAAAACGUGAACUUAUGGAAAGCUACAGAGCUCAAAGAGAAGAAAGAAGAGAGAUGGUCGCAUCAACGCGCAUUACCGACACGGAAACACAGAGGAGUAGGAGACAAGAGAGGGAUGAGAUGGAGGCAAGGGUGGGUGUAAGUCAAGUAUCUAAUGGGCUUCAUUCAACUCCAGCAGCAGAGCGACAGUCAUAUUCAGAGUCGCAUGAUGACAGGGAGGUGAAGAGGACGCCCAGUUUCAGACUAAAUCAAGAUGGAGCUAUACUCUCACAAAUGUCUGAGGCCCAGUCAAGUCCAAAGAUGGUUACUACUUUUCAUCACAGAAUCAACAGCUUUGAGGAGAAAUCCCCGGAGGCGUCUCCUACUUCUAGCCCUCAUUCACCCGUCUUCUCCUCCUCCCCUUCCUCGCCGACCUUCGCCGCCUUUCCUUCCUCAUUCCCCUCUUCCUCCUCAUCGACCUCUGCCGCCGCUGCCGCUGCUACUGCUGCUGCCACUGCCUAUCCCUCCUCAGCCUCCCUGUCCUCCCCAGAGCUGCGCCUGGUGCUGGUUGGGCGAUCUGGGGGAGGGAAGAGUGCAGCUGGCAACAGGAUCCUGGGGCGAGAGGAGUUUAAGUCAUACCCAGACAGCUUCGCAACCAUCACUCAGGAGUGUGUGAAAAAGAAAGGACUGGUUGAAGGAAGAAGGGUGGCAGUGGUGGAUACCCCAGACUGGUUCAAUUCAGAGCAUACUCCAGAUGAGGUGCGAGCUCAGGUCUCCUCCUGUGUUGCUUUGUCCAGUCCUGGUCCCCACGCCUUCCUCCUGUGCGUUCCCAUAGACCAGCCUGCAAAGACCGAGCUCCAGACGCUCAGGGCCCUCGAAACUGUUUUUGGCCCAGAGGCAGUCCAGAAACACACGCUGGUCCUCUUUACUUAUGCAGAUAGACUGAGGGAGAGUGGGAAGGCAGGAGACAGCAGCAUGGAGGCGUACCUUGCCGGUCAACGGGGGGAUUUGUUAAACCUCGUGGAGAAAUGCCGGGACAGGUUUCAUGUAUCGGAGGGGGGAAGAGGUAGGGGGGAGAGGAGGAAUGUGGCGGAGCUGCUAGAGAAGGUGGAGCAGACGGUGAAGGAGGCUGGAGGAAAGUGUUAUUCCUCUCCUGCUUUUCAGGAGGCGGAGAACAGAGUUAGGCAGAGACAGGUAGAGAUAGCAAGGGAGAAAAGAGGCAAAAAGCUAGAGCAAGAAAAACUAGGAGACGUUGAACAGCUCCGCUCUGACAGGCGGGCACUCUAUCCGUACAUGCAGCCUGUGGCUGAAGCAGAAGAGGAAGUGAGAGAGGAUGAGAUUGAGAAAACAAGGGAUGAGGCAGAGAUGAGUGUAAGCACCAUGAACAUCGAAAGCCUUCCUCCUAUCACGAUGUCAAGCUUGUCCCCUUCACUCCUUCGUUCCUUUAUGGAGAAAAUGGAGUCUAGUGCAAAAAUGUUACCCAAACUGUUGGCAGAUGGCUCUGUGUGGGUCGGUGAGGGAGCAAAGAACGUGAAAAGUAGUCCUGUGUGGGAGAAAGUUGGCAGUGGAGCGCAAAAUGUCCAGAAGAUGGUGGUUGAUAGUUCAGUGUGGGGGAAAGUGGGAGCUAGUGCCGGACAUGUGUCCAAACUAGUAGGAGACAGAGUUCCCAAGGUGGUGGUAGAUGGUACUGCAUGGGUGGGAUCUGGAGCAAAAGCAGCAGCAGCUAGUCCAGUCUGGGGAAAAGUUGGUUCAGGGGCCAAAGUAGUGGCAGACAGAUCCAUGCGUGUCGGAUCUGGGCUCGGAGCCGGGGCAAAGGAUUUGGCAAAGAGCCCAAUGUGGGGAAAAGUAGGAUCUGGGGCCAAAACCGGAGCUAAACUGGUGGCUGACAGUUCCAUGCGAGUUGGAGCUGGAAUCGGCGCCGGUGCAAAGAUGGUGGCACAGAGUCCGGUGUGGGGGAAGGUGGGCUCUGGGGCCAAAGCAGGGGUCAAAAUGGUGGCUGAGAGCUCAGUGUGGGAGAAAAUCGGGACUACUGCUAAACAGGUGCCCAAGGUAGUCAUUGGGGGUGCACUGCUGGGUCUGGUGCUCGGUGUGUUUUUGGGAGGUGUCGUCGGCGGAGCUAUUGGGGCAGCUGCUGGAUCUGCAGUAACUGAAGUGGGCAGACGAAAACUAGGCAACAAAAGCAUGUCAGAAAAGACAGACGAAGCUGUGAAAAAUAUGGGAGGAACGGUGAACGACAGCGUGGACUCGCUGGUGAAACAAGGAGGGAAAGUUCUGAAAACUGAAUGAUCGACUGAAUGGAGCAUGUUUAUAAAGUGUAUAACAAAUGUAAAAACAUGUAUUUGUUGUGAAUUAGUACCAUGAGAAUGUAUAAUUCAGAAACCUUUAACUCUUAUUUUGACAUCUUGGCGAUCUUUGAAACAGACUUUUUUGUCAGUCUGUCUCUGAUUCUUUCUUUGCAGAUUUUCUCACUGCAUUAACAUGCAUCACUUAACAUGAGCAGUAAAUUCAAGGUGAAUUUAAACUUAUUUGUUUGGCAAGUUAUAUUAUACUUAUACUGUACAGUACAUCAGUCACUCAGCACUUUCUUCUAAUACUUUAAUCUUCUUCAGUGCUUAAUUAAAAAACAUUCAUUAUAAAAGAAUUGCUUUUAUGUCUGUUUUUAGUGCUGUCGUCACAAUUUCACACAAAAUGUCUCAACACACAUUUUGUUGCAAGUAUGAUCUGUUUUACAAAUAUUAAAGAUACAUAUUUAAAAUAUUUUCACUCAUUCUACACUGACCAAGAACCUUUAUUAUUAGCAUUAACACUUCUCGUGAGACGGGCAGAGUUAGUCUGUACACGACUGGUGAAAUAGAGCUAAUGGUAUUUCUGUGUGCAUGUGGGUGUAACUCCGCUGGCAAGAGGGGCACAACAGAGGGCUGGAAGAGAAGGGGUGGAGGCAAGGCCAUUAUCUCUGAGUCCCAGCCUGGCCAGCAUCACCCCACUUGGCCUCCUGUAUCAGAAGGAGGAGAGAAAGUUAACACCCCAGCAGUCUCAACUAAAUGUUUCUAAGCUGUGGUUUCAUUUUGACCAAUAUUGCAUCACUGCAAUAUUUUAUAUAAAAAGGUUUAUAUAAAGUUUUAUAUAAAACUGGAUGUGUCUCUGAACACCUGGUAAAUAUAAGUUCUGUUUUUGGCCUCUACCAAGUCCUAAGAGAAAUAUCUGUCUCUGUAGCUGCUAAAUGCUCCUUUGAUAUAUUGUUAUUGCAAAUUAUUGCAGAUUUAGUGAAGGCUCAAGUCAAUCAAGUGUCCCAGUAAGCAAUGAGCCAUUAUGCACAGUACAAGGACCCUGGAGCUGGAUCACCUAAAUGGAAUGUGGCCAUUUUUUAUGUCAUUAUGUGCUCUUUCUGUUGUGACCUGUGACUAAAGUAAAAAUGUCUGAAAAACAUAUUUUUAUUUGUUUAUCCUGUAAUGCAUCACACCAUGAUAUCAAGAGGCCUUUCGUGAGAGUUUGUCAAUUGUGUUGCUACAAAACUGGCUACAAAAAAGUAUGUGCAAUUGCAGAACAGUGCAGCACUCCUUUAAUUUGUGUGACCCCUGCCUCUGUCUGUAAUCCUCUCUGUGGUUUCAGAGUGAAGCAGGGAGGUGACAGACCAGCCUGGCACAGCAGAGCGGACAGAAGCAGCCGUAGCAGUGUUGUGAAAGCAGCUCUUCCUGUUGUGUGGUCCCGAAACCGGUUGUAUAGGGGUUCCCAGAGCAUCCUGGUGGCUGUUUUCUCUUUCUGUUUUUCCCCACUCCCUUCUUCCACGCAGCGGUUGCCACCCCACAUGUCCAAAAACCCAUCAAACACACACACACACACACACACACACACACGCUCACACAGCCACCACCCCUCCUCCAGGAAACUCGUUGGCCGUCAAUGAGACAGCACUAACUGUAGGCGUUUCCUGGCCACUUGAUAGAGCCAAGCAAAGAGGCACCAGCACCAUAGCACAGCUGCAAUUGACCCCCCAAACUUUUCACUUAUACAAUCCCCCCACCACGCUGAACCCCAUCUCUAACCGCAUCCCACAUCCACCCUGACCAUCCUCACACAUAACCACACACCUAGAAUUGUUGCUGUUACAUCAACCUCUUUGCUAAUUCUUUGUCACAUCCACCUGAUGGCUUGAACAAACACAUCAAAAAUGCAUAAAAUACAUGUGAAACAUUCCUUCCCAAAUCUGCUGCCUGGGAAACAGGUCAUGGGAUGACAAUUAAGGCAACACUUUUUUUUGUCUAUUUUCCAGGGCUGGGACUGUCACAGUAAUGUCAGCGAACAGUUUUAUCCGGCUUUUUUUUUUUUUUUUUUUAAACUGGUGUUGUUUAUGACUUCCUUGUUAAAAGUACCGUUAUCAAUCUGUCAUCCUGGUGGACAGCACAAACAAACAACAUGGAGUUUGGCUUUUGGCUAUUCAGCCCAUAUAAUAUGUGGUGACAAAUUUGUUGUGUUGAGUUAUGAACAUAUGGGCACAGGAGUUAGAGCAUGUGCAUAUUAUUGUUCAAAAUAGACAUUCAUAAACUAAGUUAAAAGAGCUACAUUUCCAGCAAAUUUCCCCCUAUCAUUAACCUAAUCUAAUAGCGUUGCAUUUUUACAAUUGACCUGUGAUGGUUAUUGUGAU